AUGUUGUCGUCUUCGAUACGCCGGGCUGCAUGGGCCCCUAUUGUGCCCAUCUCCGGCAUCGCUCGCGCAUCCAGUCAAGCUCUUCCCGGUUCCUCGAACGGCCUGCUCGGCGCAACGCAGCAUGUCCGCCAGCGCCGCUACUCCUCCUCGUCCUCCAAGCCCAGCGACGGCUCUCGGGGUGUCGACGCCUCGUCCCAGACGCCCACCAAAGGCGUGAACGCCGGCGAGAAGAAGGAGGGCAAGGCGUCUCGGCGGCGAGGCCGUGACGGCGCCGGCCGCACCGGCUCCAAGUCGAGCCAGAACGCCGCCUUCUCCAAGCUGCCCAGUGUGCCCUCUACGCAACACCUCCAGCCGCAUGACGUCCAUGUAGCGUCGUUCUUCUCCAUCCACCGCCCCAUCUCCGUCUCGACGACUGUUCCUCCCCCGUCCAGCCCCGAAGCCUUCGAUGCCCUCUUCACCGCCCGCAAGCCCACGAAACCGGACACCGACGACGUGAUCUUCACGCUGUCGUCCGCCGUCGACUCCAUGGAGCACGGCGCCGUCGAGCACGAGGGCGCGUGGCCGCAGUCCCUGGACGGCGAGGCCGCCUCCCUCGAUGCCAUGAACAUGGGCGAUCUACGCGUCUCUGUCGAGGAGCUCACGAAACGCCUGCGUCCGUUCCACCCGCCCCCGCCGCCAGUGCCCUUCGACCAGGCCGCCGCCGCCGCCGAGGCCGCCAAGCAGCACGACAACACGUCCAGCUACUCCACCGUGCUGACCAUCCACGAGUCCAAGCACGCCGACGGCAGCCGCACCUACGAGGCGCACACGACGCCCUUUGUGCGCACCCCCGACAUGGACGCCCCCGGCGCCACCGCCGACCCCGAGGCCGUCAUUGAUAUGCCCCGCGGCUCCGGGUCGACGUACAUGGAGCGUCUGCGCAAUAACCGCACGAUGCAUGCCAUCAGCACCAAGAGAAGACGUAAGCUCAAGAUGAAGAAGCACAAGUACAAGAAGCUGUUGCGGAAGACGAGAACGCUGAGACGGAAGCUGGAUAAGGCGUGA